UAUUUUUCAAACCAACCAAACCAAAACCAAAUCCCCUAGUUUUCUCCGAAACAUAAUUCUCGCUAGUUUUUCUUGAAUGACAAAACGAGGAGCAACCAUGUUAGUAGAGCCAAUUCCAAACACCAACAACAACACUAUUACCAAACACAGGGCCAAACUUGGAACCUUCUUCAACCAGCAUGACCAUGAUCACCAAGACCUCACCACCAUGAACCGCCUCAGCAGCAACACCUCCAUCGCCAGCCCCCGAUGCUACUACGGCGAUGGCAGCACCACUCCGACCACCACCAGCGCCAGCGCCUCCCCUUUCACCAUGUCGUCCCCGUGGGACCAAUCUUCCUCCUCUCCCUACAACAAAUCUCCAUGGCAAGUACCCUCCACCGCAAUCCACCUCCACCACCACCACCACCACUACCACCAUAACAACAACAACGAUGAUGACGAUGACGUCCCGGAAAACGGCCUCAUCGGCUCCUUAGUCCGCGAAGAAGGCCAUGUCUACUCCUUAGCAGUCUCCGGGGACUUGCUCUACACCGGUUCCGAUAGCAAGAACAUAAGGGUGUGGAAGGAUCUCAAGGACUACACUGGAUUCAAAUCCAGCAGUGGUUUGGUCAAAACCAUAGUAAUCUCCGGCGAGAAAAUCUUCACCGGCCACCAGGACGGGAAGAUCAGGGUGUGGAAGAUUUCUUCCAAAAGCUCCGGCACCCACAAGCGCAUUGGAAGCUUGCCCACUUUCAAGGAGUAUGUUAAAAGCUCCAUGAAUCCUAAGAACUACGUGGAGGUUCGCCGGAACCGGAGCGCCGUCAAGGUGAAGCACAUCGACGCCAUUUCCAGCUUGAGCCUCGACGAGGAAGAAGGGUUGCUUUACUCUGCCUCGUGGGAUAAGACGAUCAAGGUGUGGCGCGUGGCGGAUUCCAAGUGCAUGGACUCCAUCAACGCGCACGACGAUGCCGUUAACGCGGUUGCGGCGGCGGCGUUUGGAGGGUUUGUUUUCACCGGCUCUGCUGACGGAACGGUGAAGGUGUGGAGGAGGGAGAAAUCAGGGAAGAAGACGAAGCAUGUGCUGGAUAGAGUUCUGCUGAAGCAGGAGAACGCCGUGACGGCGCUCGCGGUGAACUGUAUGUCCACGGUGGUUUACGGUGGCUCCUCCGAUGGGCUGGUGAAUUUCUGGGAGCGGAGUCAGAAGAGCAGCCUCACACACGGUGGCGUUCUCAAGGGGCACAAGCUCGCCGUGCUGUGCCUCACGGCGGCGGGGAACCUUGUCUUCAGCGGCUCCGCUGAUAAGAAUGUCUGUGUGUGGAAGAGGGAUGAGAACGGGGUCCACACGUGCCUUUCUGUUCUGACAGGGCACACCGGCCCUGUGAAGUGCCUCGCCGUCGAGGAAGAAGAGGAGGAGGGGGAGAGGGAGGGCCAGAAGGGUGAUGAAAGGUGGAUAGUUUACACAGGGAGCUUGGACAAGUCUGUGAAGGUGUGGCGCGUGGCGGAACAGGCGCCGGAGUUGAGCAUGAGCCAAGGGUGGCCUACUCCGAGCCGCGGCGGUGCACCGUAUGAUUCCCCUGCUGCAGGAUUGAAUUUGAGUUAUUCUUCGCCGUCCCCUGCUGCAGGAUGGAGUUAUUCUUCGCCGGCGAUAAUGAGUGGUGGCAACGGCUAUGUUGAUCGGAAUGGUAAUAGGAAUGGGAGCAACAAUUGCUCAAGUCCACAAGGGAAUGAUAAUGAGAAGGGAAAUCUGAAGAGCAACAGCAACAAACAAAGUGUUUUACCUGCUGUAAUUGAAGGGAGUGGAAAUGGGAAUGCCAACAAUCAACAAGAUGAGAAGGGCAAUCAGAAGAGCAACAACAACAAUCAAACUCCUUUACCUGUAAGUGGAGGGAAUGGAAGCAACAAUUCAGGUCAACAAGGGAAGGGUGAUGAAAAUGGCAAUCAGAAGAACAACAGCAGCAAUCAAAGUGUUUUACCUGCUGUAAGUGGAGGGAAUGGCAAUGGAAAUGGCAACAAAAACAGCUCAAGUCAACAAGGGAAGGAUAAUGAGAAGGGUAAUCAGAAGAACAACAUCGAUACACAAAGCCUUUUACCUGCUGUAAGUGGAGGCAAUGACAAUCAGAAUGACAACCGCAGCCAUCAACAAGAUGAGAAGGGCAAUUUGAAUAACAACAAGAAUCAAAGUCUUUUGGCUAAAGAUGGUGGAAGUGGAAAUCAGAAAAGCAGGAGCAAUAAUCAACAAGUGAAGGGCAAUGAGAAUAACAGCAGCAAUCAAAAUGUUUCAUCUGCGAGUGGAGGGAAUAACAACAACAACAGCUCCAGGCAACAAGGGAAUGAUGAUGAGAAGAGCAAUCAGAAGAGCAACAGAAGCAACCCAAGUCUUUUACCUCCUGUAAGUGGAGGGAAUGACAAUCGGAACAACAACAACAGUCAACUAGGGAAUGGCAAUGAGAAGGGCAAUUGGAAUAACAGCAACAAGGAUCAAAGUCCUUUCUCUAAAAGUGGAGGAAAUGGCAAUGAGGAUGGCAAUAAGAGCGGGAGCAGCAAAAAUCAACAAGGGAAUGACAAUCUGAAUACCACCAACAAGAAUCAAAGCCCUUUCUCUAAAAGUGGAGGAGAUGGUAAUGGAAGUGGCAGUGACAAUCAGAAAGGUAGCAACAACAAUCAACAAGGGAAAGGUAGUGAGAGUGGCGAUUGCAAUAACAACAAGAGUGAAGGCCUUUUGUCAAAAAGUGGAGGAAAUUCCAAUCAGAGAGGCAGCAACAGCAAUCAGCAAGGGGCUGACAAUGGCUAUUUCAGCCAGAGAGGCAGCAACAACAAUCAACAAGGGAAUGAAAAUAACAAUGGCAAUCGGAAUGACAACAAGAAUCAAGUUCCUUUGUCUAAAACUGGAGGAAGUGGCAGUGGCAAUCAGAUAGGUAGCACCAGCAAUCAACAAGCAAAUCUCAAUGAGAACAGAGGUGGAGGAAGUGGCAAUGGGAUUGACAACAACAACAAUAAUCAGCAAGGGAAUGGCAAUCAGAAUAGCAGCAACAACAAUCGAAGUCUUUUGCCUCAAAGUGGAGAAAAUGGCAAUGGGAGUGGCAAUAGGAAUAACAGCAGCAACAAUCAAAGUCUUCCAUCUAAAAGCGGAGGAAAUGUCAGUGGGAAAGAUAAUCAAGUUGGCACCAACAGCAAGCAACAAGCGAAUGCCAAUCCAAAUAGCAGCAGCAACAAUCAAAGUCUUCCCUCUAAAAGCGGAGGAAAUGUCAAUGGGAAAGACAAUCAAGCUGCUAACAAGAGCAAUCAACAAGCGAAUGUCAAUCCAUAUAGCAGCAGCAACAAUCAAAGCCUUCCCUCUAAAAGUGAAGGAAAUGGCAAUGGGAAAGACAAUCAAGCUGGCAACAACAGCAACCAACAAGGGAGUGGCAAUAAGAAUACCAGCAGCAGCAGCAGCAGCAAUCUAAGUGUUCGGUCUGUAAGAGGAGGAACUGGCAAUCAAACUGCCAGCCAAAACAGCAACAGUCAACAAGGGAACCAUAAUCGGAAUACCAGCAGCAAUAAUCAAAGUGUUCAGUCUAAAAGUGGAGGAAAUGUCAAUCAAACUGGCAGCAGCAACAGCAACAAUCAACAAGGGAAUGCCAAUCAGAAUUCCAGCAGCAAGAAUCAAAGCCUUUUGCCUAAAAGCAGUGGAAACAAUAAUGGGAAUGGCAGCAACAAUCAACAAGGCAAUGAUAAGAGGAAUGACAGCAAAAGCAAUCCAACUCUGUCAUCAACAAGUGGAGGAGAUAGCAAUUUGAAUGUUAAUCGUGGUAGCGCCAACAAGAAGCAAGGCAUUUUGUCAGCUAAUGAAGGAAGUGGCAGUGGCAACAUGAACAACAAUAGGAGCAGUAAUAAUAAUAAUAAUUCUACUAAUAGCAAUAGCAAUAGUACUAGCAGUAAUAUUAGUGAUUCCCAAAAUAGGAACAACAGGGUGCAGUUGCAAAAAUAGAAAUUGCACGCAUGCAAUUAAUCAUGUGAAUAUGUGUAUUGAUUUCUUGUAAAUUGAAGAUUUUGGAAAGUUGUAUUGUUGUUGCAUUGCAUGUACAUAUAAAAGAAUAAAAGGCAGAAUUGAAUGAAAUUGGUGGCUCUUACUAUCGAUGCGGGUCCAAGGAAUUUGGACAGUUGGGGUGAACAGCGACAAGAGGGGGUGUGAUUCCUUCAACCUGAAGUAAAGGCAUGGACCAUGUAGUGUUGGAUUCCCUCUGAAGAGAGAACACUUGAAACUGGAAGCUUCUCUUUGCCCUGAAUUGCAGGGACUAAUAGUGGCCUUACUCGUUGAAAUGGAUAAUGAUGGACAAGCCUUCGCUUUUGAUUGGGCCACAAAAGCAUGACGACAUUCUUUGUUUUAAUUGCUCAGAGUUGAGAGGAAUUAUGUUUUUAUUAAGGUUUUUAGGUAUGGUCGACAAUGGAACUGUCAACAUUUGUGUUUGCUAUGCUAGCUACUGGUCAGAGUUGGUUUGGUUAGGCUAAGUGGCAUCUAUCUUUUUACUUUGUAAAUAUGGUUUCCUAUAUAUGUUUUUUUUUUUGACGAGGUUUCCUAUAUAUGUUAAUUGCCUUAAUUAGCUAUACAUUUUGUAGUUUGUGACC